AUGUCCUUCAUCGGAGACCUUCCAGUCAUGCCCAACGGCGGCAAGGCAAUUCUUCAAGCGAUGCCAAUUGAUAUCAUGUACAUCGUCUUCGACCAAUUGGCCCUCGAAGAUGGGAGUAUCGACGUUCGGACCCUGCUGGUGACCUUGCCUCACGUUAGCAAGCGCAUAGCAGAGAAGGCUCAUCGCUAUACAAAGAGCUAUUGUCACCUGUGCUAG